AUGUCAUUUCUUAAAUGUUUACAAAAAAACAGGCGCGGGAAAUACACCCAGUUACAUUUCCAGAUGCUGGAAAGGGGGAAUAUUAAAAAAAAAAAAAAAAAUUUGUUUAGACAAAAAUAUUAUGGGGACUGGUCUGUGUUUGACAGGCUUCAGACAGUGGGAGUAUGCCUAAGCUAUGAAAGAAGCUUACAAAUUGUAGAGUUGAUUGGAGGCCAUUUUAAUGAUAAGGUUGUGAAGCUGGUAAAGAACAACAUUCGUUUCAGGAUAAUUGGAGACAACAUCAAUUGGACUGUUGGUGUUCAUGACCAAAGAAUAAACAACAAACAGAAAAUGAUGCAUGCCUUUGGUUCAGCAGUAAUAGUUCAAAACCUGACCUUUACCAAUCUAGACAGAGUUGUACCACAACAGCUAUAUAGUCACACACCGGUUCAAAACUUCAUACCAUCAGAGGAAGACUACAACCAUAUAACAACUGACUAUAUCAUCCUAAUGUCAAGGAUUGUUCUUGAACACAUUCCCUACUUCAAAAGAUUUUCAGAUAUUAUUCCAAUUAACAUCAGUACACCAUGCAGUCCUAACUUGAAAAAAAAGUCAGAAGUUAUACCGUUACCUGUUCUGUUCAAAAAUGAGCAAUAUUAUCAAAAUGUUGUAGGGAUACUUGACUUCUAUGAGAAAUGUUUGAAAGAUGCUCAUGAUAAAGCAGGAAAACAACUCGGUGAUCAAACAUUUCAGAUAGGAGGUGACCAGCUUACAAGAGAGAGAUUCUCAGGAGCAAAGUCACUCAGAGCACACCAUCUUAACCCUGCUGACAAAUUCAGCCACUUGAGUCCAAUAACAUUUGAACUGUUCCAUAUUUUGAUGUCUUACCUCAAAAUGUCAUUGAACAUCACAUACAGACAAGAAAGUGGUCAAGAUAUUGGAACAUUAAAAUCUCUCCAAGAUAGACUUUCCAGAAAAAAUAUUGGUGACAAUGUUAAUGAUCACUAUGAAGCAAACAAAGACGUUUUCAUUUCUGUUACUGACAUGUAUAUUGUGGAGUGUUUCUUGGAGUUUUUUGGUAUGGAAGAUAAAUAUUCAAUGCCAACUAAACAUGUGCCACCAACCUUUAACACAAAUGACGAAAUGAAGGAAUGUUAA